AUGGGUUUUGAACAAUUCGAAUUGCUGCCCCAAUCACCAUCAAAAACCCUCCCUCCAAAACCGUAUAACAUUAAAAGUCUUUUGUUUGGUAUAUUCAUUGGAAUUUUUCUCGGAAUUAUUGGUACCUUACUUGCUGAAAAGAGCUCCAACUCGACACCAUCCCACAGUCCAUUGUCACGAAAGGCUCGGAAUUUACCUGUUUCACAAGAUGAAGAAAAACAAGCAGUUGACCUGUUGAAGAUUUGCCGGGCUAAUGAGGAGAAGUUGACGCUUCUCAUCGACAGCAAAAGUGAUUGCGAAGUUUUCAAACAAAAUCUGACCAUCUGUGUGGCCAAUAACAAGGCGUUAAAGGAGGAGAAGCUCACAGCCGUUGCCGAGCACAAUAAAGCAAUAACACUUAUUGAGAGAUUGGAAACAGAAAAGGGUACAACAGAAGCUCAACUUGUCGAAACGAAGAAAAAAGUUGUGCUCCUGGAGUCGGAAAAAAACUCCAACAAAAAUCCCUCCGCUUGUCCAGUCCCUCAAUCAUUCCAAGGGAAAUGCCGUCUCGGAUGGACGUAUUUAAAGGAAACUGACUCCUGCUACUUUUAUUAUGAAUUCACUUACAAUGAUGAGGGACAGUUGAACAAGUAUAAGUGGGAAACAGCCGAGGAGGACUGUACAAGAAGCGGUGCCCACUUGGCGUCGAUCCAUUCAAAUGUUGAGCGGGAAUUUAUGAAAAAAAUGAUCAGCUCGAGUUUCCGAAGAAAUAACCCAAAAGCGACGCCAGAAAAUGGAUGCCACGGCACAGAUUUCUACGUUUGGUUCGGAUUGCGGCGUGUGGAUGGAAAGAGGACGUACAGUGAUGGAACUCCGGAUGAUUUCGUUGGGACGGGAGAAUUAAGCACGGUCACCGGAAAUCUCUAUUAUUCGAUGUGCUAUGAGUCGACAAACAUCAACCAGACAUACAUUUCCUACUAUUCAACAGAAGCACAGGCACGACGAGGGAAGGCACGAUAUAUCUGCCAGAAACCCGCGAACAAA